GUGCACAACAGAAAUCACAGGACUCACAUGCUUCAGAGGACAGAAAAUGAGACUGCCGCAAACGAGUUUUCAGAGGGAGGACCGGAAUGGAACACAGCAAACUCCUCUUCAACUUCGGGGAGCUGCACAUUUCUGGAAGCAGACAGCUGCAAAACUUUACUGGAGCAGAGACCAGACAUGGACAAUCUAACCACGGAAAAAGGAAAAACUCAAAGAGAUGCAGAAGAAAAGAAGGAAGACAUGUCAAAAGAUGGUGAACGUGUUGACGAGGCCAACCAGGAGACUGUUCAGCCACAGGGCCUGGUGGAGGAGUUGCGUGACAGGCUCCAUGCUGCUCUGAUGGAGCUGUGUGAGCUGCGCCAGAGGGACCACGACCUGGAGGAGAAGCUCCAAGCUCAUCAGACUGACAUGGAUGAGAAAAUCAUAGGCAUCAAGAACUCGCUCAACACUUUCAAGGAGGAGCUGAGCAUGAUGCUGCACCAUACUGAGGAUGUUUCCAGUCGUCAGAUAUAUAUUCAGAAUAAGAUGGACCUGCUGCACUCAGACACCUCAGAGAACCUCAUCUCUGUUCGACACAGGAAGAAAUUUGAGGCUGAUGUGCUGACAACAUCAGGAAAGGAGAACACCUGUGAGUUGAGCCAAUCAGAAAACACUGUUGUUCAGCCUUCUUUUGCCGGGCAGAUACCUACUGUUCCACCCCAGAGAAGUGCCGCAUCCACACAGACCUUUACAUCUGUGCAGGAGACUCAGCGACACACAGGUUAUGAGUGCAAAUCUCCAGCCCAGGGUGAAAGGAGGAACAGCAAAGAUGAGAUGAUCAACAGCCCAACUGAAAACAACAUGCGGCAGAGAGCGGCUCUGGAGCUGCUGGAGUCAGAGAGAGUUUACGUCUCUCAUCUGUCUCUGUUACUGAAGGCCAACAUCUCCUUCAACAGCUCUGAAGCGCUGAUGUCAAAGAACAAACGACCAUUUCCCAGCUCGCUGAGGUUCCUUAUCCAGCAGCAUCUCCAACUCCUCCACACGCUGCAGGAACGGGUGCUCAAAUGCCAGUGGCAAGGCAUCAUGGGAGAUGUAUUCAUGAGGCUCACCAGCAAAGGGAGUGAUUUCCUGGACUUUUACGUUUCCUACCUGAAGGAGCUUCCUAACUGUUUGGCAGUUGUCACCAUGUUGACCUCCAGCGGUGCCAAAUCCUCCACCCUCUUUGAGAAUGACAUAGUGGGAGAUGAGUCCAAACUCUCCCUCCACACUCUGCUCCUCCAGCCGGUUCAGAGAAUCCCAGAGUACCUGCUGCUCUUACAGGGACUACUGAGGCAAACGGAACCAGAGCACCCUGACUAUUACCUCCUGUUGGUUUGCAGCCAUCAGUUCAAGUCGUUCAUGGAUCAGUAUCACCACCUCCUGCAGCACAACCAGGACCUGCUGCUGCACAGACACAAGGAGGCAAAGAGGUCUUCCACGAUACAAAUGCUGAAGACAGAAAGUGGCCUGCAAGGCAACAGUGUUGGGUCACCAUAUCCAACCAGCUGCUCGAUGCUAGAGCAUGGUAACAAGGUGAAAAGGAGCAAACAUCAUCUCCUGGAACAGAUUCCAUCUUGUCACUUCCACAAUUGGGAUGGGAAUCGGAACCUGGACUUUGACCCUCACCGUUACGAUUCGGAGUGGCCCUCACAACUCCAGCUCUUCAGUGCCAACCUGGACUCACAAAAAACAGGUCUUGACAGCAUCCCAGAGAGCAACGUUGCUGAGACGUUCACAUCAUCAUCCCAGCAUUAUCUGAUCUCCAGACCCACAGAUUUCCGGCACAUUGCACCUGGCACUGCUCUGGCCGAGGCAGUUGGAGAGUUCCUCCCCCCUCCAGAAGGUCUGGGCACAGAGAGCUUAUUCAGAGAUGGUGGUGGAUCUCUUGGAGAUGUCCAUCUUUAUGACCACUGCUCCACUGCCUCUUCCGAUUCCUCCAUUGACAUUGCUUUUGUGAAAUGCCCCAAAGCUCCCCCAAUGUCGUACUAUACAGGACCAGCGAACAUGACAACAAAACACGAGGUCGACAGCAACAGCAGGAGCCAAAGAAAUGGUUACAACAGACUACUCAGAGGGUCUCCAGAUGAUGCUCCAUUGAUGCGACGCAGUCAACAUCGCUCACUUCAAGCUAGCCAGUGUGAAAGUAAGCAGGACUCUGCAUUCCACUCAUGGGGAGACGAGUCAAAGCAGAUGGAUGAGACAGAGGAGAAUAACCACACCCCCUUCAGUGAGAGGAGUCGGAAGCAGGACAAAGGAGGCUUCAGGAGCUCUUUCAAGAAGCUCUUCAAGAAAAAGAGCACUGAUGAGAAGAAAGACAAGGGAGGAGAGAAAACACAGGAGAAUCAAAGCAAUGGUGAACAGGACACAUCGGGGAAAACCCCCAAACUGGCUCACGUGGAAUUCAAUAGUGGCACUGCGGUAUAAAGACCAAUCACCAACACCAUUAUGGACUGACACAAAUGCAUGUUUAAGGACAUAUUCAAGAAUAACCACAAGACUGGGUUGUGUAUUCAGAACUGCUGUAUAAGUGUAUAAUAACAUUUUAUCUCAUCUUCAACCACUUUUCUGGGUUCGGGUCACUGGGGCAACAGCUCCAGCAGGGGACCCCAG